GUUGGCGGCGAGGGAGUCGGACCGGAAGGUGCUCAACUGACGCAGUGGAGGGAAGAUGGCGGCCGCCGUGGAGAGCUCACGAGGGCAGGAGGCAGGGAGCGAGGAGGCGGCCAGCGAUUCUGAGAUAAGCUCAGGACUUCCAGAUGACAGCUACUCUUCUGGGGAUGAAGCCUUGGAUGGAGAUGAUGAGGAUGAAGCAGCAGUUGCUGGGCAUGUGGCUGAAGAGACAGCAAAUUCCAAAGCUGGUCCAGGUUCAGGCUGGGCAGAUGCCAUGGCAAAAGUACUCAACAAAAAGAUACCACAAAAUAAGUCCAUCAUCUUGGCCAAGAAUAAAAAACUGGAGAAGGAGAGAGAAAAGGAGAAACAGGAAAGACUGGAGAAGAGGAGGAAGCUCGAUAAAAAGCGGGAGUGGGAAAUGAUGUGCCGAGUGAAGCCAGAUGUUGUCAAAGACAGAGACAGAGAGAGAAAUCUUCAGAGAAUUGCAACAAGAGGUGUUGUGCAGUUAUUUAAUGCUGUCAGGACACACCAAAAGAAUGUUGACGAGAAGGUGAAGAAAGGUGCGAGAUCUGAAAGGCAACGUGCUAAACUGCUGUCAUCUGUUUCAAAGAAAGAUUUCAUCAAUGUUUUAAGAAGCAUGGACGGUGCUAAAGGAAACCAUAACUCCGAUAGAAAGGCUGCAAAAAAUAAACAGGGUGAAGUGAAGUCUGAAGAGGGACCAGAAUGGAAUAUACUGCGUGAUGACUUCAUGAUGGGAGCAUCUAUGAAAGACUGGGAUAAGGAAAGUGAUGGAGAGGGCAGUAUUGCACAAGGAGGUGGUUUAAAACAAGAAGAUGACAGUGACUGAAUGAAACUGAAAGCAUUUCAAGAUACUUUAUUUUUCUUUAUUUGGAUUAAAAAUCAACAUUCUGUGAAUGUACAAUACUUGGAGGCUGUCUCUUCUUAAAGAGUCUUGUACAACUCGAGUGCUUUUUCCACAGUGUCCAACUUUUUAAAUAUAGCUUCAUUUGUUGUACUGAAAUCCUGAAAUAUUUUUCAAAGCAUGUAUAAUUUUCAACAUAUUUCCAAAACAUUUUGUGCAGUCAAAAUAGUGGCACUUGCCCAACGAAAGAUGAAUUUUGCCAAGGUCAUUAAAAGUUUAUAUAUUCGUCAUGGCAAUUGAUGUAUUAGUGUGCCUGCAUUUCCAAAUCAGUGUUACACUUUGAAAAGUUGUUAGCAAUUCAUGGUAGAAAUGGCUUACAAUAAACACAAAAAUGCUGUCACCUUGUAAAGUUAUCAGGCUCCUAUGGAGACUUUAUUACUUUGGUUAGGAAAGGCUUCAUAGAUAAUAUAGAGAAGUAACCAUUAAUGUGAUAGUUCUGGUCUUGGAGCAUUAAUCUGAUUGAAGACAACUACAGAAACAUAUUUGUAAAAUGAAUCUUGUCCCUGCUUGAUUGGCUUUGUGUGUGUGUAUAUACAUAUAAAAAAGUAGGUAUAAAAGUGUACACAUGCAUGUAUGUUUUUCCACUGUAAGUCUGAAGUUACAUGUGUUAAGAGACCAGUAAGAGGAAAAGACAGUCAUUGCUAUUGUGUUUGUUAGAGCAGAAAGGCCUUUUCUAGCAACACUGUAUAAAAUUGUAUUUAGCAUUGCUUCGUUUGCAGUUCUGGUGCUCUGGUCUUUUUCAGUAGGGAACCGGACCUCUGGGACACACUCUGGGUUUAGUCAACUGUAAUGCUAAUUCCUCAGGUCUGCAGAGGGUCAAACAAAAGCCCUUUCUCUUAGGUGCAUACUGUAAGGAUACCAAAUGUUGGCUUUGAUUAUGCCACACCAGUUUCUUCUGAUAGAUUGUUGGGUUGCAAAGGUGCAGAAGCUAACUGCGUAAUACAAGUACUUCAUAAGUAAGCAAAUGUAUACAGAAGGAAUAGGAUGGUGCUUAAGGAGUUUUAGAUGAGAGGCUGGGUGUGAAUUCUGCCUCCUUUGUUUUGGAUUCUCUUUCUAACGCAUUUCUCUGUUUGCUAUGUGAAGAGAAUGCUUUAUGGCCUAUUAAUUGAUACUUGAUAUAAAUAGUACUAUUCUGUCUGUAUCUACAUUUCCUUUCAUGCAAACCUUUCUUUGUAACUGCUUAUGUCCAAUAUAUGGUUAGGAGAGCCUUAAAUUUUCACUCUUCCACACUGAAAUGUUUGGUAGGCUGGUGGAUUUAGGUUUUUUAAUGAAAGCAUUGAGGAGGGCAGGGGGGGUGAACUUUGUUUAUAUUAUAGCUUGAAAAUAUACAUACAAAAUGAUACAGGGAAACCCAUCCUAACAACUGGCAGUGGUUGUGUUAUCUCUAGCCUAUUCAUCUGGUAUACAUUGUAGCAUAAUUCUUUGAGGAGAACUCAAAGCUAACAGCAGAAAUGUUUAGAUUUUCAAGCUGCUUGGAGUGUUAAACAUAUUAGAUAUCUGCGUAGACAUUAGUUUGUGGCCUGAUAUUUAUUAUCACAAAUGAAGGCAUACACCCAAAAUAUCAAGUGGCAAAACCACAGAAGUUUGACAUAUGGUUAUCCUAGCUUCUGCAGGUUAGACAUCUGUACAGCUGUUCAGCUAGAGCUGGCAUCUCAUAGAGCAAUACAAAAACGUACUACAGUGAAUUUUAAGUUGAUAAAACAGCAUAAUAGUCUAAUCUGACAUUGUUUUCUUUUUGUAGUUUAGUUACUUUGUGCAGAAAAACUACAUCAGCACCUUUAAAUCUGCGGUCACUAAGUUAAUAUCAGCAGUCCCUGUUUGAGAUCAAGCUCUUAAAAAUUAUGCUAGUUUUUCUUAGGAAUUGUAAUGUCCUGAGGUGACUUUCAGAAUACUUAUGGAAUACUCAGAUGUUUGUAGAUUUUAUAAUUAAUUUGCUUAUCUUGAGCUUCCAUUCUUUUUAAAGCGCACAGCAGUACUUAAGUAUUUUGCCUGUAGGUUGAGUGUUUCUUGCCUUUUAAGAGGCAUAAUAGACAUUUAUAUUGGAUAAUUUUACAGUUCUGAUUCUGUGCCUUGUCCUUUGGUUGUGCCCUAUGCAGAGAAGCUUCUGUAGCGACUUAAACAGGUAAGUAAUUCCAAAAGAUAAACUUAGGAGUUUUGUGGCAGAUGAGAGCAGUAUAAUUUAAUUUUAGGCUGAUUUAUUUCACAAGUUUGACUAGCAAGUCGAAAGUACUAAACCCUGUUUGGCCUGGAGAUCUUCCAGUCUCUCUUUUUAAUAGUAGGAUCAGUUGUCUCACCUGCUUUCCUAUAAUCUUUACAGUAAUAUUCUUUUAAAGCUAUCAAAAAGGAAGAACAGCUUUUAGCAGCUUUUCCCAGCCAUCACAGCUCUCAGUCUGUUUUGCCUGCUCCCAUGAAUAUCUCUGCUUAGGCAGAACUGUGCUGCUGCCCUUCAUUCCAGAGAGCAUGAAUCAUCUUGACUUUGUAUAUUUCUGUACCUAUCUAUAUAAAGUCAAUAAAGAUGGGGUGGUUCCAGUUUUGUUAGGCUUCAAGCCAACUCUAGAGUAUGUAGAGUUUAAUAUUCUAUGGGUUGCAUGCAAGUAACAAGGUUUUGUUUAAUCAGAGAAGGCAUAGGGUCAGUUCUUCCCAUGUCUGUUCUCCUCCUUUCUAGUUUCUCAGCAAGGAAAACAUGAUUUGGCCUAUGGAAAAAAAGGACCAUUUCACUGCUUUUCUUCCAGUCUGCUGCUAAGGAAAGACUAGUGGUGGAAUAUUAUUGUGCCUGAUGCUGCUGCGUCACGUAGUCUUCCCUGCUGAAACGGGGUGAGGUCCCACUUCUGCAGCUUUGAGGUGGCUCCUUCUGGGGUUCACAAACUGAGAAGAGCAAAGAAGUGGAAACUACUCCCUAGUGGGGUAGAUUCUUUUAGUUGUUUGGAGGCCAUAAAAGUGUUUUGUCUAUCUGAAGCUUCCAGAGGAAGGUGGUUUGUAAAGCUGCAUCUGCUCAGAGCUAGCUCAGUAGCUGUCUUAAAGGAGGAAGGAAGAAGUCAUCUGGCACACAAUAUUGCACAACUUAAAAUGGCAAACUCUUCAUUCUAUUAAGUUUGGAUUAAACAGAUGGAAUCCUAGUGCUAAAUAAGACAUUAAACUUAGACUCUGGGUCUAAGAUAGACGUGGGAGACGGGACAAGUUCUUGGUUAACAGAUGGUGGAAGGCCAUCUGUCUCCUUUGCUAUUAUCCUAAAGUAAUAGCUAUUAACCUCUGGCAGUAUGUAAACCUCAAAGGUUUCACCUCUGUAGAUGACCAAGCAGAUAAGGGCUUUUCCUUGGUCGUUCUUAAUCAGAUACAGAGUAGCUGAUACUUCUUAGACAAAGCAUUUUGGUUUUGAAUGUAUCUUCGUAAUUGCUUUUCUCUCUUAAGGAACAUGUUGAAAUAAAAAUCUGGUCAAAAUAGCUUCAGCACUA